AUGACGGUCACGGUGGUGUAUGAUAACUCAGAGGCCACGGAACUGUGUGCAGCUCAGCACCUCUACCUCAAGCCCAUAGCAAAGCUGAUGAUCAAUGUGUUGCUCCCUGAGAGCCCAGAACCCUCGAGACCCGUGUCUAACUGGGAAGUUCUGGACCAGCUGAAGAGCCUGAUUUGUCCUGACCAGUUUACCACUGUGCGGCUCGCCAAGAGCACCAGGGGCUUCAUCCGAUUUGAGGGGGAGGCGGAAACACGAAGCUUGGUUCAAAUCCUGAAGGCCAAGUUGCACGGGAAGAUCAUCAAGCUAAACGGCUUGGAAACAGACUUAAAAGUCAUGGUGACAGACGCCCAGGGAGAGUGGGAGCACUUCCCCAAGGAAAAUGGGGCCAUCCCGAUGGGUGAUGGGUCUGAAGAGCAGGACCAUGAUAAAAGUCCAAAUUCCAUAUACUUCGAAGGGCUGCCCUGCAAGUGGUUUGCUCCCAAAGGUUCCAGUGGGGAGAAGCCGUGUGAAGAGAUCCUUCGGGUGGUCUUUGAAAGCUUUGGGAAGAUCAAGAAUGUAGAUAUCCCGAUGCUCGACCCCUACCGAGAGGUUAUAACCAGUGGGAGCUUUGGGGGGUUCAGCUUUGGCUUGCAGACGUUCGAGGCAUUUAUACAGUACCAAGAGUCAACUGACUUCUUAAAGGCCAUGGAGUCCCUCCGCGGGAUGAAGCUGAUGCUUAAAGGAGAUGAUGGGAAAGCUCUGGCAUGUAACAUCAAGGUUAUGUUUGAUACAACCAAACACUUCAGCGAAGGAGCUAUAAAGAAGAGAAAUCAAGAAAGGCUGAAAUUACAAGAAUUGGAGGAAGAGAGGAAAAAAGCAAAGAAAAGAGAAGAGGAAGAGGCUGAAAGAAAAAGAAAAGAGGAGAGGAAGGUCCAGGAAAAGAGGAGAAAGGCCAGAGUCAAGAGACGCACCCAGAAGGAAAGAGACAGGCACCGGCAAAGGAGACAGAAGGACAGCGGCAAAGUGGAGGCCCAACCAGGGUCCAACUCUUCCGAAGACCUGGAGAAGAGGAAGAUCCCACUGACCCAGAGGCACCUGGAGGCCCUCUACCUGAUGCGGGCACUCCUGAGGAAAAUUGUAGAGUCUGAAGAAUUUUACCCACGGAAGGUGAAUAUUGCAGGCUCCAAAGCUCUUCAUGCUCUGGGGACCAUGUCAAGAACUCUGAAGAAAGAAGAACCAAACACUCAGUAUCUUCAAAAUCAGGAGGAAAUGCUAAGAUACCACGUUUCCAAGUCAGAUUAUAAACGUAAACGAAAAAUGAAGAAAAGAGCUAGAGCUCACUUGCGUAAAUCUUCCCACCACCUUGGGGGGGAAAAAAUAAGAUGUUCAGCAAGAAAAGAGAGAGCUGGAAAAUCAUUAACUGAUGAAUACAAUAAAAGUUUGAGCUGUGAACAGAAUUCCUUGCAAAUUAUAAUGACUCAAGGUCAAUCUCUUGAGAAAGAAGACCAGCAUGGUUCUAAUACCUCCUAUUCUUCCAGAUUCGUUGAGAGAGACCAUAGCAGGAAACAGAAGAUCUAUGAAACAGAUGAAUUUAUUGACUAUCUUUUAAACCAUUAUCAAACUCCAAAAUAUGCCCGCAUCUGCCUAGAACCAAGUCACAUAACAAGCACAUGUCAGUGGAAGAGAACCGUUCUUGUGAAAGGAAAUAGCUUUCAAAUCAAUUUGAGAAAACAUAAGCAUCACUCAACCAGUUUGAGCCAAAUGCAACAUCUAGAUAGGAGAGAACAGGUGCAAGAAAAUGAUCUCUGGAGAGAUCUUUCUUGGGAUCCUGAGCAUAUAUCACAAAAGAAAAGAAAAGUGGAUUAUGCUGAAGAAUGUACAAAGAAGUUUAAACAUCAUUUUAGGGACACAGCCAGUGAAGCUGGUGAUUGCCUGUCCCCAACUGAUAAAAAGAGCCAUCUGUUGGAAAAGACUCAUGCUUACCAAGUCCAGGAUCCCAUAUCCACAAGUCAAAGCCAAGUUUCCUCAUCUAAGAGGUCAGCAGACUUUGAUUUGAAGCUGAGAGAUUUCUUAGAGGAAAUUAGCAGUGAUUCUGAAUGUCUCAGUGAUAAUCUUAGUGUAAACAAAGAGAAGAAAAAGAAGUCUGUGGCCGCAUAUGAUAGCUGCCCAGAAAAGGGAUGUCUUGAUGCUGAUGAAAUCAUCACUUGUGAUCCAGAAAUUAUGUCAAGUCAGCAGGCCUUGUAUGCGGAGUGGAAACAUGAUGGGGAGGAAAAAUACUCUGAAUACAAGCUUAGGAAACCAAGCAGGAGGUCUGCUUAUGAACUGAGAUGUUCGUGGCUUGAGGGUGAAAACAAUUCCAUUAGAAAUGAGAACAGCAACAGCAAAGAGAGGGAAAUACUGGCUCCCCAAUACUUAUUUGAUGAAAGCCACCACCACAAAUCCAGUGCCAGUGAUCAGUUAGACACUGUCAUAGGAAAGAGGAGGCAGUUUAGUGAUAGUGCAUUUGACCACAGAGUCAACUAUAGGCUCUUUCAAGUGCCAGUAACAUCAUCAAAAAGUGCUAAUGCUUCCUAUUUGUGGGGUUUUCCCAAAAGAAGAGAGAUACCAUGGAGGUCAGAAUAUAACUGGGAUGCAGGAAAGAUGAAAAGACCUGAGUAUUCUGGAGAUUUCAUGCUGAAUUCUGAUAGUUACUACAAUAGACAUAACAGUCUGGAGCGCGUUGACUAUAGAAGCUAUUUAAGAAACAACUUCACUAGUUCUUUUUAUUUUCAAAUGUUUUGA